CAGCGUCAGCAGCAACAGCAGCAGGGAGAAAGAGAGGGAGAGCGAGAGAGAUGGCCGCCUAGAUCUCACUACCAGCCUCCCUUCCUUCCAGCUGAGAAAUCACAGCUUUGACAAAGUUAGAACCGACCGUGGGUCGAAGUAGCAGCAGAAACACUCUCCCAGCCCAGCCCGGACAAGAGCACCGGGAUGCACCAGGGGGCUUGGCAGCACCAAUGGCCUUCACGUCCCGGUUCUCCCGGAGUGGAUCCAGGACUCCCACCCAGAGGACUCACGACGACACAAUCAGCCACCCCAUCCUCAGUGUCUUUGAGCUGGAGAGGUUGCUGUACACAGGAAAGACCGCCUGUAACCAUGCCGAUGAAGUUUGGCCAGGACUGUACCUGGGAGAUCAAGAUAUAGCAGCCAACCGUCGCGAGCUGACACGCCUGGGCAUCACCCAUAUCCUCAAUGCUUCACACAGCAAGUGGCGGGGAGGCGCUGACUACUACGAGGGCAUGGGCAUCUGCUAUCUGGGCAUCGAGGCACACGACUCGCCCACCUUUGACAUGAGCCCCUACUUUCACCCUGCAGCUGACUUCAUCCAACAGGCCCUGAGCAAGAGCGGAGGAAGGAUCCUUGUUCACUGUGCCGUAGGGGUGAGCAGAUCAGCCACCCUGGUCCUCGCCUACCUCAUGAUUCACCACCACUUGACCUUGGUGGAGGCCAUAAAGACCGUCAAGGACCACAGAGGCAUCAUCCCCAACCGGGGAUUCUUACGCCAGUUGGCUGCACUGGACAACUCCCUCAGGUUGAAGUAGAGACCGUGAGUGGGUGGGUCAUGGGGAAACCAUGUAUGAUCCAAAUCUGUUGGUGCGUAUGAGGCAGUUCUUACUGGGUCAGAUUUCAGGGCCCGGUAUCCCCGAGCUUCCACAGAUCUCGCCCUGCAGAAGCCCAACUGUAAAGCUUCCCACCUGCCUUUACUGUAUGCUAUCUUAGCCUCAGGCGUCACUCAGAGGUGCUAGCCAGCUCAGGUUUCUGAAGGUCUUUCUCCUUCCCUCUUUGCUGGCUUUGGGAAGCCACAGAAUUGGGGUUCUCCCAGAUGAUUUCUCAACCUGCGACUGAGGCACAUUUAAGCUGCCAAAAUUUCUUCAGAGCACUCUGUGACAUGGCCUGUUGCUUCCUGUUUGCUUGUAACCUUUGUCAAAGAGUUUGGGUACCUCCUCACCCCAAUGUAUUUUACCUAUAAGAAUAAAACCUUGCUGAGAUGA